AACAUACUGAAAUGGUCAGGGGCGCUAGAAGACUUGAAAGCAUUUGUGUUAACGGAGAUUGACGAAGAUACAGUAGAAAACACAAACUGGCGAUCUCCCAGCGGCGGAACUUGGAAAUUUGAAAGUGAGUUACUGGCUGUUACAUGGCAAACGAAAAGUAUGAAUAUAUCCUUUGAAGGAGAAAAGGGCAAAGACCUGACUGAACGAGUAAUUUUAAAUCUGAAGGAAGAAGGUUUGAAAGAACACAACAGAAUCGCCUUAGCUCAAAAUGACACGGAGGACGACGGUGGCGAUAUAACAACUGUCGAAUGUGAAACAACCGCUCAGGUAGUCUGUAACGAACUCCCUACUGAGGUAAGGGAGAUUAAAUUAAAACUAAACCAACAUAUUGUCGAAACGAAAGCAGAGCUUCAACAAAUAAAGGAGAACUUUGCCGAACAGUUUGAUCAGCUAAAAGAACUGAAUUUGAAUGGUGGCACUAAAGUAACUGAAUAUUGUCUAACAAGCCUAGAGCAUGAAAACGUUACCCUGAGACAUGAAAACUUAGGCGCGAAUACGACUCCUUGA